AAUCUUUUACACAUCUGUAAUGCUCGUAGCACUCAUGUGACCGAAUGUUUCUCUGCUCGAUCUAUAAAAUCAGUAAACAACACUAUGCAAUUGUCUCUUCGCCGGCUGCGUUUAAGUGACAAGAACACAAUAUGAGGUUUUCGUCUCGUUAGCCACAACGGAAAACGGCCUUAAACGUGCACAGUGGCAUUCACAAUCUAGUCCGUUGUUGUUCACCGUUAGUUAAUAAGCUGCAGAUGCCUGAGAUGCCACAGUGACCUGAUUCUGAACCAGAGCCACAGUCUGAAAAGUGCCAUGCCACUUCAAAAUGGCUACUCCAUCAACAGAGCGCCCUCUGAUGACGAAGAGGACUGUGAGCUGCUUGUCCCGCCCGAUAGAGUGCCCCCUCAGUGUUGCUCAGCCCGGCUGAACCUCGCCAUGCUCAUGUUCCUCGGCUUCACUGUGGUGUACGGUCUCCGUGUCAACCUUAGCGUGGCGAUGGUUGCCAUGGUGAACAACACCGAACCACCUCCAGCAAUCAACAGCUCAAACUCGUCCAAACACGUGUGUCCUCUGCCCAGGACCAACAACAGUGAGACGGGCUUUACUCAGCCAGAUGGGGUGCCCGUGUACCAGUGGGACUCGGAGACCCAGGGCUGGCUGCUGGGCGCUUUCUUCUUCGGGUACCUGUGCACUCAGAUCAUUGGAGGGUACUUGGCGGGGCAUUACGGAGGGACCAGGUUUCUGGGGUUUGGGGUUUUGGGCACAGCCGCUCUGACCCUGCUCACCCCUCUGACCGCUCAGUUGGGCCCCAGCUGGCUGUUUGCACUCAGGGCUCUAGAGGGCUUUGGGGAGGGCGUGACUUACCCGUCAAUGAUGGCAAUCUGGGCACGCUGGGCUCCUCCUCAGGAGCGCUCCAGACUCACAGCCUUAUCGGGGUCUGGAGGAAACUUUGGGGCCUUCAUCGCUCUGCCUCUGACCGGCUUCAUCUGUGAGACUCUGGGCUGGCCUGCUGUGUUCUACCUCUGUGGAGGGGGUGGGUGUGUGUGGGCUGUGUUUUGGUUUGCUCUUGUAUCAGACGAUCCUCGCACUCACAAACGCAUCAGUGAAGAGGAGAGAGAGUACAUCAUAAACACUGUUGGAGCCCAGGGCACAGGUCAUGGCUGGAAGGUGCCUGUCUUGUCCAUAGUGACGUCUGUUCCUCUUUGGGCCAUUAUCAUCUGUCAGAUGUGCUCAAACUGGUCGUAUUACACUCUGCUCACCUCACUGCCUGUGUACAUGGAUAACAUCCUGCACUUCGAUCUGCAGUCGAAUGGUUUCCUGUCUGCUCUGCCGUACUUCGGGGCCUGGCUGGUCUCAUCUCUUUCUGGAGUCUUGGCUGACUUUCUCAUCGAGAAGAGGGUCUUCAGCAUCACAGUCACACGCAAGCUAUUCUCCUCUGUGGGUUUGGUGCUGCCCUCAGUCUUCCUGGUCAGUGUGUGUUAUGUGGGCUGCAGUCACAUUUGGACUGUGCUCUUUCUCACGCUCUCCACCACCACAGGGGGAGCUAGUGCUGCCGGCGUCUACAUGAACCAGAUAGACAUUGCCCCCAGAUAUGCAGGAAUUCUGUUGGGAAUCACCAACACAUUUGGGACCAUUCCUGGCAUAAUUGCACCUAUUGUCACUGGAUACUUCACUGAAGAUCACUCUCUGGACGGCUGGAGGAAGGUCUUCUGGCUCGCUGCUGGGAUCCAAAUGUGUGGAGCUCUUUUUUACUUGAUAUUUGGCAGUGCUAAACUUCAGAAAUGGGCCAUGACUGAAGAGGACAGAGCAGAGGCCGAGAAGAGGAGAACCAGCUCUAUAUGUACUUGAAAACAUAAUUAGACCAAACUCUACUUUAAAGGUACACUAUGUAACUUUUGGUUUGUGGUCUGUCACCUGUUUGUUUCUAUGGAUAUGUCAUUGCUCUGCCUGGAAUGUUCCACAGUAUGACAUUAAACAACUCUACAUUACAUUUACUCAAUUACAAGUUGUUUUAUAGUUCAAAAAUACCUAGAAAAAAGGUAUUCUGAGUGGGGUUGCCUCUCCACAGAUCUGACCUGUAACAUGGUCUCCAUGGUGAUGGAAAGGUUUAAUACCAUACUGUGAAAUAUCCCAGACAAAGCAAUAAUAUUUCCACAAAGAAAAGCAUUUGACGAACCCUCCACCCGAAAAGUUACACAGUGCACCUUUAAGUAAGUAUAAUAUUUUGCAUAUCAAACAUUUACUGUUAAGGCAGCUUUUAAUCAACAUUUUAGAAGUUACACAAAAUCUUAUCAUUUUCAGAACUAUUCAAAAGUUGUAAUUGUUGAUUUUAAAAAUGCACUUUUCUGGUUUAGGUUACACUACUUUAGAGUUGUCAGGAAUGUUCCUCACUAUCGCAUUGAACUUAUCUAUCAAAUAGUUAUUCAGUUACAUGUGCCUUUAUUACUCAAAAAUACAAAAAAAAAAAUAAAAAAAAAUGGAUGGGCUUGCCUCUUCACAGAUCUGCACCAUAACCUGGCCUGGUGGCAUUCUUGUCUCCAUGGAGAUAGAAAAGUUGAAUGCUGUGGAACAUUCAGGUAAAACAGUAAAACACUUGUUAUGAUUAUCAGCAGGUAGCGCUCUCCAGCUGAAAAAUUCACUAUGCAUGUUUAAUGUAUAAAAUUUGGCCUAAUUAUUUAAAUAAUCAAUUUCGCCAACAUUUACUGUUUAUAUA